CAGCGUGCAAUGCGGGUGCCCCCACCCUUUAGCAAAGAGAGUGAGUGUGUUACAUGCAUAGUUGUUGUAUGUGACUGUUCUGCUGCUGCUGCUCCUCCUCCUCCUGCAACCAGCCGGGCCCGCGUCCGCUUUCCUUGGAAGGCUGCAAGGCGAGGAGGGAGCGGCAGGCAGCUUUUGCUGGAGACCACUUUUCGAGGUGGGGAGGAGUAUUCCUACUUUAAGGGGAAGGAACAGCAAGGAACGGAGCGAGAAUGACUGCCCGGCUGCGCCUUGGGCUGUUCUCAUUGCUGCUGCUGUGCGGGUUGUGUAGCGGCGCCAUGGACGAGUGCGCGGACGAGCAGAGCGGGCGGCCACAGCGCUGCAUGCCCGAGUUUGUCAAUGCCGCCUUCAACGCCACUGUGGUGGCCACCAACACGUGCGGCAGUCCGGCCGAGGAGUACUGCGUGCAGACCGGCGUCACCGGGGUCACCAAAUCCUGCCACCUGUGCGACGCUUCCCAGCCUCACCUGCAGCACGACGCCGCCUUCCUUACCGACUACAACAACCAGGCCGACACUACUUGGUGGCAAAGCCAGACCAUGCUGGCCGGGGUCCAGUACCCCAGCACCAUUAAUCUCACCCUGCACCUCGGAAAGGCCUUUGAUAUUACAUAUGUACGCUUGAAAUUCCAUACAAGCCGGCCAGAGAGCUUUGCCAUCUACAAGCGCACUCAGGAGGAUGGUCCAUGGGUGCCUUACCAGUACUAUAGUGGAUCCUGUGAGAACACCUACCGCAAAUCCAAUCGGGGUUUUAUCAGGACUGGGGAGGAUGAACAGCAAGCACUUUGCACAGAUGAGUUCAGUGACAUCUCUCCACUCACCGGAGGCAACGUGGCCUUUUCAACGCUGGAGGGCAGACCCAGCGCUUAUAACUUUGAUAACAGCCCUGUCUUACAGGAAUGGGUAACCGCUACUGAUAUCAGAGUGAGCCUCAAUCGCCUGAACACCUUUGGAGAUGAAGUUUUUAAUGACCCCAAAGUUCUCAAGUCUUACUAUUAUGCCAUUUCUGACUUUGCUGUGGGUGGCAGAUGCAAGUGUAACGGCCACGCGAGCGAGUGUGUGAAGAAUGAAUAUGGAAAGCUCUCUUGCAGUUGCAAGCACAAUACCUUCGGGGUUGACUGUGAAAAGUGCCUCCCUUUUUACAACGACCGGCCUUGGCGAAGAGCAACAGCAGAGAGUGCCAGCGAAUGUUUGCCCUGCAACUGCAACGGACGAUCGCAGGAGUGUUACUUUGAUUCUGAGCUGUACCGUUCCACGGGCCAUGGUGGCCAUUGUACAGGCUGUUUUGGUAACACUGCUGGGCCCAGCUGUGAGAGGUGUCGGGAGAACUUUUACCGUCUUGGAAGUGAAGAAUCAUGUCUGCCAUGCAAUUGCAACCCUGUUGGCUCCCUCAGCACACAGUGUGACAACUAUGGACGGUGCAGUUGUAAACCCGGUGUGAUGGGUGACAAAUGUGAUAGGUGUCAACCUGGCUUCCACUCUCUCACAGAGGCUGGUUGCAGGCGGUGCUCCUGCGAUCCUGCUGGCAGCACAGAUGAGUGCAACAUGGAAACAGGACGCUGCACUUGCAAAGACCAUGUAGAAGGGUUCAACUGUGAGAGGUGCAAACCUGGUUUUUUUAAUAUGGAUCCAGCCAAUCCUAAGGGAUGUACUCCCUGCUUCUGUUAUGGGCACUCGUCUGUCUGUACCAAUGACAUUGGCUACAGUAUUUACAGAAUUACUUCCAGCUUCCAGAUUGGAAAGGAAGAGUGGCAUGCAGAACAGCAGGAUGGAUCUGAAAUCUCAGUCCAGUGGAUUGCUAACACCCAAGAGAUAUCGGUGAUCUCUGACACACCUUUCCCCAUCUACUUCAUUGCACCAAGCAAGUUCCUUGGAAAUCAAAUCUUGAGUUACGGCCAAAAUCUGACAUUCUCCUUUCGGGUUGAUAGACGAGACACCCGCCUUUCUGCUGAGGAUGUAGUCCUUGAAGGUGAUGGACUGAGAGUGUCCGUACCUCUAAUUGCUCAAGGCAAUUCUUAUCCCAGUGACAAUGCACUGAAAUAUGCUUUUAGGCUCCAUGAAGAAACUGAUUACCCCUGGAGGCCGCAUCUCACCUCAUUUGAGUUCCAGAAGCUGCUCAAUAACUUAACAUCAAUCAAGAUUCGUGGGACUUACAGUGAGAGGAGUGCUGGAUAUCUUGAUGAUGUCACUAUUGUGAGUGCUCGACCUGGGCCUGGGAUCACAGCAACCUGGGUGGAGAGAUGUACGUGUCCGACAGGGUAUCUCGGCCAGUUCUGUGAACGAUGUGCCCUGGGCUACCGGAGGGAGACCCCUAGUCUUGGGCCAUAUAGUCCAUGUGUCCCAUGUUUUUGCAAUGGACACAGUGAGACCUGCGACCCUGAAUCUGGAGCCUGUGACUGCAGGGACAACACAGCAGGUCCUCACUGUGAGAAGUGCACUGAUGGUUAUUAUGGAGAUGCGACAGUGGGCACUUCCUCAGACUGCCAGCCAUGCCCAUGUCCAGGGGGCUCAAGCUGUGCCAUAGUGCCCAAAACCAGGGAGGUGGUGUGCACUAAUUGUCCUACUGGGACCACAGGUAAACGGUGUGAAUUGUGUGAUGACAGCUAUUUUGGAGAUCCUCUUGGCGAGAAUGGCCCUGUCAGGCUGUGCCGCCUUUGCCAGUGCAGUGAUAACAUUGACCCCAAUGCUGUUGGGAACUGCAAUCGCUUGACAGGAGAGUGUCUCAAGUGCAUCUAUAACACAGCUGGUUUCUAUUGUGACCGGUGCAAAGAUGGAUUCUUUGGGAAUCCCUUAGCUCAGAAUCCAGAGGACAAAUGCAAAGCUUGCAGUUGUAAUCCAUAUGGCACAGUGAGCCGGCAGACAAGCUGCAAUCAAGUAACAGGGCAGUGUGAAUGUCUUCCUCGCGUCACAGAGAGGGACUGCAGCUCCUGUGAGCCUGGUUUCUACAACCUGCAAAGUGGGCAUGGCUGUGAGAGGUGUAACUGCCAUUCAUUGGGUUCCACUGAUGGCCACUGUGACAUACAGACUGGGCAGUGCGAGUGCCAGCCAGGCAUCACUGGCCAGCGUUGUGAGAGGUGUGAGGCCAACCAUUUUGGAUUUGGGCCUGAAGGCUGCAAACCCUGUGACUGUGACCCUGAGGGUUCUCGUUCUCUUCAGUGCAAAGAGGAUGGUCGUUGUGAGUGUAAAGAAGGAUUUGUGGGGAACCGCUGUGACCAGUGUGAAGAGAACUAUUUCUACAACCGUUCCCGGCCAAGCUGUCAAGAGUGUCCUGCAUGUUACAGACUGGUGAAAGAUAAGGUGGCAGAACAGCGGGAGAGACUGAGAGACCUGGAAAAUCUUAUAGCCAGUAUUGGAACUGGUGAGGAAACUAUAACGGACCAGGCCUUUGAAGACAGGUUGAAAGAAGCAGAGAGAGAUGUCAUGAACUUGCUCCGGGAUGCCCAAAACAGCAAAGAUGUGGAUCAGGGCCUGAUGGAUCGUCUCCAGGACAUUAACAGAACCCUGUCCAGUCAACUUGGCCGACUAAGGAAUAUCCAGGACACAGUGGGAGAGACUGAAAACCUUGCUGAACAGGCCCGAGCUCGGAUGGACGACACAGAGGGACUAAUUGAAUCAGCUUCAAAUAUGCUGCAUGCAGCAAGAGUGGCAGUUGCCAAUGUGUCUAUUACUCCUCCGACAUCAACCAGCGACCCCAACAACAUGACUCUCCUGGCAGAAGAGGCCCGUCAGUUAGCUGCACGGCACAAGCAGGAAGCUGAUGAUAUUGUGCAGAUAGCCAAAGAUGCAAAUGAUACAUCAUCGCAGGCAUAUAAACUGCUUUUGGAUGCUCUGGCAGGAGAGAAUAAAACAGGGAAUGAUAUUGGUGACCUUAACAGAAAGUAUAAUCAAGCAAAAGACAUUUCCCGAGAUCUAGAAAAGCAGGCAGACAAGGUCCAUAUGGAAGCACAAGAAGCUGGGGAAAAAGCUCUGAAGAUCUAUGCUAACCUCACCAAAGUACCACUUAUAGAUGCUGAGGAGCUAGAGAAUGAAGCAAAUAAGAUCAAGAAAGAAGCCAGAGAUCUGGAUCAGCUAAUUAACAGGAAGCUGAAGGAUUAUGAGGUCUUGAGAGAAGACAUGAAAGGGAAAGAGCUGGAAGUCAAGAACCUUUUGGAGAAAGGCAAGACUGAACAGCAGACGGCUGAUCAGCUCUUAGCUCGAGCAGAUGCUGCCAAGGCUCUGGCUGAAGAAGCUGCCAAGAAGGGGAACAACACACUCCAGGAGGCCAAUGACAUUCUCAGCAAUUUGAAAGACUUUGAUAAGCGUGUGAAUGAUAACAAGACUGCGGCUGAAGAUGCUCUCAAGAAAAUCCCUGCCAUUACUCAGAUCAUUGUGGAGGCCAACAAUAAGACACGGCAAGCAGAAAUUGCACUGGGCAAUGCUGCUGCUGAUGCCAGGGAGGCAAAGAACAAAGCUGAUGAUGCUGAGAAAACUGCUGGUUCUGUACAAAAAAAUGCUGCUGAAGCAAAGGCUGAUGCUGACAAGACUUUCUCCACUGUUGCUGAGUUGGACAAAGAAGUAGAUGACAUGUUGCAACAACUGGAGGAAGCAGAGAAAGAGUUGAGGAGGAAACAGGAAAGUGCAGACCAAGAUAUGAUGAUGGCUGGAAUGGCUUCACAAGCUGCUCAGGAAGCAGAGGAAAAUGCAAGGAAAGCCAAGAACUCUGUUACCAGCUUGCUCAACAUGAUUGAUGACCUUCUCAAGAAGCUUGGGCGUGUGGAGCCUGUAGACUUGAAUAAGCUGAGCAAGAUUGAGGAGACCUUAAAUACUGCCAAAAACCAGAUGAGGGACAACAAUCUGGACCAGAAAGUGUCUGAUCUAGAGAAGGCAGCCGCAAAACAAGCCAGCGCCAUUGAUGAAUACAACAGGGACAUUAACACCAUUUUGAAAGACAUUCGCAAUCUAGAGGACAUAAAGAAGUCCUUGCCAACCGGCUGUUUCAACACCCCGGCCAUUGAGAAACCCUAAGGGUGUGCAAAGGGCAGGGGGGCAUUCCCUCAGUGACUGGUGGAGCAGUUCUUUGGGCUGUGGAGUGCCUUAAUUCCUAGAUUACCUUCUUCAGGACCCCCCCACCUCACCUCCCACACAGCUCUCAGUUGUUCAUUCUUUCCCAAUUCAAAGGUGGGGUGGUUACGAAAGCUUCUGAAUGACAAGCAAAUUAAUUAUCAGCCUUUUGGGAAUCAAAAGGGUUUUGAGACAUAAAAUAUAUGCAGUUGUUUUUGCUCACACUCCAUUUACUCCCCCACUCCCUCUCAAAACACAACCCUUUGUUUUACACAAUGAUGUGAAAUAUUCUGGACUGCCGUAUUGAAUUGCAGAAGUGACCAUGGAAACUGAUGUGCAGUGAGGGCAAUCACAGGCUUUUUCUUCAUUCCCUAUUUCACCCCACCCCACCCUGUCAAAUUAUCUGUUCUGGUUUGUUUUUUUCUAUGAAGGAAAAAGUUUGGCUACCAAAGUAUUAAAUAGUAAUGGCCAGUAUAGCCACACUUUUAAGAAACACUGCUGGCCUUGACAAUAGCCAGACUUUAAAGCAAGGGGGGAAAGCCAACCUUAUUUAUAAAUUAGUGGCCAAUCAAACCAUCACUUUGGUAGCCAGCAGUCAUUUUUUAAGAACCUUUCUAGUGCAAUAUGUGUAUGAAUAUCAUGUGUCUAAGAUGCAGCUUCUCAGAAACAUUUUUGGGGAGUCAUGGGAAAUGAAUGGUGCAUUAGGUCUCCAUGGUGCUAUACCUUGGCCUGUAAAGCAGCUGUGUCUUCUGCAGCCUGUGAGAACAAAGGCAGAAGUUCAAUUCUUCAAGCUGGAAGAACCUGCUUGUGGUCAGAAUUGUUCCUUUCACCAGCCAGUCAUUAGGAAUUUCCAGAAGAUACCUUCCAGGGGCAGCUGGGUUAAUACAGAUGAUUCUCUCUCUCUCUCUCUCUCUCUCUCUCUCUCUCUCUCUCUCUCUCUCUCUCUGUGUUCCUGCAAUAAGUGAAACAAACCUUUUUUUUCUUUUUUGAAGGAAAGAAACCAGCCACCCAGAGAGAGCUUUGCUUGCUAAGCUUGCCUGUGAAAUUUUUAAGAAGGCAUAAUCUUCUCUGGUGGGGGGGGGGGGGAAGAGGUCUGUGAAAUCCCCACUCCACCACCCCCCGGGCGAGUUAUUAUGUUCAUUUCACAUGGUAGGCUUAACCUUUUGUCUGGAAAGAAGAAGUCCCAAAACACAGUUGACCCAAUUCUUAUAGCAAAAAAUAAAAAAUUGCUAAGGCCUAAUUCUAGGGACAAAUAACUUAGAGUUGCAGUAUCUACAAACUGAGCUGUUUACUCAGUAUCAGCUUGUGCCCCAUUUGAGAUUUCCCCCUCUCCCACGUUAAAUGAAGCUUCCUUUUGGGGAGCAGAUGGCACAUGUCACCUCCUCUCCCACAAACUCCAGAUCUUGGACUAGAGCAGGGCUGCUCAACUUCGGCCCUCCUGCAGAUGUUGGCCUACAAUUCCCAUUAUCUCUGGCUAUUGGCCACUGUGGCUGGGGAUUAUGGGAGUUGUAGUCCAAAAACAGCUGGGGGGCCUAAGUUGAGCAGGCCUGGACUAGAGGAAGUGGUCUGCCUCUGCAGCUUCCUCCAUAAAUUGUUCUGAUGCUUCCACCCCCCUGCCUUUUGCAAUCCAUUUAUACCUACCCUUAAACACUAUGCAACUUUAUAUGUUUGCGUAGAGGGGAAGAAAUUUAUUACCUGACACACACACUGGUGCUAUUAAUUAUUUCAAAUUUAUAUUUUUGUGUGAAUGUGGGUGUUUUUUGUGUCUUUUUUAAAAUCAUGAUUAUAGUGUGAGGAAAAGUCUAUUUCUCCCCCCUUCACUCGCUUCCCCCAUGUAAAUAUGCUUGAUAUUGUUUCCAGAGUGGCACUGUUUUCCCUUUGCUCCCUCUUAACCACCAUAUUACACACAUUCUACCCCCCCCCCCCCAUCAGUUAGUUAUUCCUUUUGGGGUUGGGGGACAGGACAGAUAUUUUCUUUGCCCAGGCUUGCUUCUGUAUGCUUCCAUGUUGGUGGUAGUUAACAUUCUGUGGUAUAAACAUCAUCCUGCUUGCCCUGUAUAGUCAGAUGAGGGACAAGUUGUCUGUUUCCUCUUCUAAAGCCAGCACUGAUGCCUAAAGGAUUUGGAGAGGUGUAGCUCAUGAAGAAUUUGCAUUCUUUGAGCCUUUUCAGUUGAUAUUUUGCCCCCUCAGAUUCUGCCUGGGUGAGAUGGAGAGCAGGCCUCAAAUCUGUGUACUCCUUUCUCUGCCCUUCCCCUGCUUUUUUCACUGUGCACAAAAGGUAAUUGGAGAAGCAGGAGAUCCUGCAUUUGUUUCCCAAGUUGCUUGCUGUCUUCUACCUGUGGUGAGGGGUGGGUGGGAGGAAGCGCAUGGGCCUGAGGCCCACUCCCAGUCUCACUCUGAGGUCAAAGUAUCACCUUAACUAGGCCCCUUGUCUCUGAUUUGGGUCUCUUCAGAUAAUAUGCCAAACAGGCCUAUUUAAAUGUGUGAGUGAGGAGGGUGGACUUGCAUAUCUUCUCUUCCGUUGCCCAGUGUGCCAUCCUGCUGCUGUCUAACUGCUAAUACAGAAAAUUAUGUAUUCACACUUUUAGAUGAAACCCCCUACACACACACACGCAUGCUGUUAGAUGACAGCCAGACAGUGUGCUGCAAGGAUAGAUGUGCAUGGCCAUGCUCUUUCCCCAUGUGUUGAAAUGGGCCAGUUCGGGGUAUUGCCUGAACUAUCCCACUAUGUAUGUAUGAGCGCAUUUGAUUUUAUGAAUGGUUAUAGGCUUCUUGCUGUGUUUGUAGAUGAAAUGUAACACUGACCUAGUUCUUACUGAGCUAGUAAACCUGUGUCUGGGCUGUACCACUCUUUCAUACCCCACCUCACCUCUAUUUCCCUCUACAUAGAAUGCUAGCAUGUCAGAAAGCAGGCAAGGCUUGGACCGCUUCCCCAGACAUCUAGUUUUCUUUUGUCUGGAAGAGUACUCAUCAAGUGAGCCCCUCUCUGCAGUCUGAAGUGGUACAGCCCAGACACCUACAUACUACCUCAGUGAAAACUGGGCCAUUGUAGGUUCAGUAGCAGGUCUGUAGACUCAAAACUGUGGCCUACGAUUGUGUAGAAAAACAGGAGCUCAGUUUGGGUCUUGGUUUUUGUAGCAUUGGGGGCUACCAUUUUCCAAGCCCAGAGAAAGGUUCUGACCAGUUCUUCAUCUCCCUCCUCUUACCCAUAGGACUUAACAGUUUACAUGAAACCGACUCACCUAAGUACAAAUCUGAAGCCAUUAUCUGGAAGUGACUUCUUUGCUGAUACAUGUCACACUUGACAUCAGUAUUUUUCAUCUGGCCAAGCUGAUCAGAUGAAUACGUUUUAACAAUUAUCUCCUCUUGGCCAACAACAAGAAAAAAGAGGGUGAUGAUGACACACACUCACUUUUUGUGCUUCUGGCCAUAAGAUUCCCUGUCUUUCUAGUAUUCCCCUUUUCUUAAAAGCAAGUUUUAACAGAUUUUUUUAUUUUUAAAUAAAUAAAUAAAAAGACCUUUAUAUGAAUCCUUUUAACUACAAAUACUGCGUUAACAGCCAUUAUUGCAUUUGUAUAGGUCCAAGUUAUUUCUUUGCUUAACACAAUGAUGCAACAGCAGCUGCUCACAAACACCCAUGCAGGUGCACAAGAGACACCUGUCCGCGCAUGCUUGUUUUUUCCUGACUGUGAGCACCUCCGUAUGUGCCUUCACUCCAGUUUUUGCCUUAAAUCUGUGGUCUUGCUGUCUGGGGGCAGUGAACAAAAAACAAAUGCAACACUUGGCAGUUUUUAUGUAUAAAACAGUAUUUCUUAUUUAUAAUAAAGUCGGAAUAUUUGUAACCCCUCA